CCCAGAGUUGAGUAAGCUGUGCUGCCUCCAUGUGGAUUAAAGCCAAACUGGGGAAGACAAGCUGUCAAUGAGAACUCCUGCAGUUGUUUAGUUGGGACUUUUUAAAGCCUCAGAGGGAAGUCAGUUUCUCCUUUGCUGCUCCUGCCUGUUGUCGUUGUUUUUCUCGUCUGGGUUUACAUCAGGUUAUAUCUUGUGUAGUGCGCGUGCAGUUCGAGGUGUUGCAAAUGAGCGCAAGUCGCAGCUUGUGCGAGUUUCAUCAGCGGCGGAUGAAGAGGAGGCAAACCCUCUUCUAAGACACAGAACCAGCCGAUAAAAAUUGGAUUAUUCAACUCUCCCUGGGUGUAAACUUUAACCUUACCAACAGCGGCGAUGACUUCGGUCUGGAAACGACUCCAGCGAGUCGGUAAAAAGGCUUCAAAGUUCCAGUUUAUCGCUUCUUAUCAGGAACUUGUCUUGGAGUGCACGAAGAAAUGGCAACCAGACAAGCUGAGAGUGGUGUGGACCAGGAGGAACAGACGCAUGUGCUCUAAGCUCCACAGUUGGCAGCCUGGGAUAAAGAACCCCUACAGGGGAACGGUGGUGUGGCCUGUUCCAGAAAACAUUGACAUCUCCGUUACAUUGUUCAAGGAACCUAACUCUGAUGAGUUUGAGGACAAGGAAUGGACAUUUGUGCUUGAGGGGGAGAACAAAGGUCACCGUAAGGUGCUAGCUUCUGCUGAUAUCAACCUGAAGCGCUUCGCCAGUCCCACACUGACCCAGACUGACCUGACUCUGAAGCUGAAGCCACUGUCGGUCAAAGUGGUGGAGGCUGAGCUCAAGUUGUCUCUGUCGUGUGUCUUUAUUCGAGAAGGAAAAGCUACUGAUGAAGACAUGCAGAGUCUUGCCAGCCUCAUGAGUGUCAAACCCACUGAUAUUGGCAACCUGGACGACUUCAAUGAGAGUGAUGAAGAGGAGGACCAGAGGUCUGUCACUGCCAUGGUUGUUCCACACACACUAACUCGUCCAAACCGUCCUGCUCCUCUUCCUCCUGACACCCGAACAUCCUCUGGAGUCACUUUGCCAGCUUCAGCCGGUGAGCGUGAUGUUGAUCGCUCCACUUCCAUUCUUCAUUCUCGCCCUCCUCUGCCAAAUGCUCCACGUCCCUCUCCCCGGCGUUCCCGACAUCUAUUCUCUGCUGCUCCUGUCCAAUCAGACAUCCAACCUGCACCUGGCCCCUCCCCUCAGCCUUCACCCAGGUCUAAGCGGAUGAAAAUGGCCAGCACUGCCUUUUCAGACACUGCUGUGUGUGACUCUGCUACUAGUCCUCCUGAAACGCAGGCCACAGAAAAGCCUCCCCCAGUUCAGAGUCCCUCCUCUGCCUCUCCGCUCCCUGAAAAUUCAGCAACCUCCAAAUCUUCCUGUAAUACGUCUCCAACUUUUGCAGAAACCUCUUCACCUCUGACCUCAAAUACACCCCCAGCUCUGACCUCAGAGCUUCUCAAGCUUCAAAAUUCUUCAUCACCAUCACCUGAAACAGCAAUAACAUCCUCAUCAAUGUCUUCUCCAACCACAUCUCUCAUUGUAUCCACUGCUGUGGUCCAUAAGCCAAUCUCAGCAGCCUGCCAGCUUCCUGCUCCCAAAUUUACCUCCCUCCAAAAACCCCCUCUGCCCCAUGAGAAUCAAUCAGUUCAGCCUCCUGUCACCUGGACCCUCUCUCGGCCCCCUUCUCUGCCCAGAAUCUUCCAGUCAGGCCCAGCUCCAACACUGUACCAGCAGCGCCCCCAAGAGGUUCAGAACGUAGAUGAUUCUGCUUCAAGUUCUGGCCGUUCCCACGUUUUCAAACCCCAGGUUGUGAAAUCCUUUGCACGCCCCACCUCUCCCUCUCCUUUAUCCACCGAUUCUUCUCCACUUUCAUCAUCAUCAUCAUCAUCAUCAUCAUCAUCAUCUCUGCCUAAAUGUCCGCCCUCUGGCUCAGAGUCAGUUACUCAGGGGCUUUGGCCUACAUCAGACCCCGCUCCACCCAUUGGAAACAUUUCCCCCGUCCCUCUGCUGACUAGUCCAGAUCUCGAUGCUCUCUGUGACCCAGAGACACCAGCUCUUUCUGCCACACUUUUUUCCUCCCCGACUUUUUUCUCCUCCUCUCUCACUUUUACUCAUUCUUCACCUCCUUCUGCUCAAAUCAGCUCUAGUCAGACAGGCUCAUCACUCUCUGUCCCUCUGGUAGCUAAAGAGACAACUGUAAGCCCAAUGAGCCAAGACAAAACGUCUCCUACCAGUAACCAGACAGACACAAACAGAAGAACAUUGGAAGAGCCAAAGCUGAUUAUCGGAGAGAGCAAAGCUGGAAAGACCAGUUCACCCUCUGGAGAAUCUACCAAGUUGGAAACUUUGAUGACACAGCAGAACCAAACAACAGCAGCAGAAGAUCCAGAGACACAUUUAGAAUCACCAAAACCAGUUCCAGAGGAGACUAAAGAGCCUGAGAGUCCUUUUGAGCAACCAGUAGCCCCUUCCGAACCUUCCCCAAAACCAGUCAGAGAAAGGACAGAUUUGUUGCUUCCAGAAUCAGAACGAGAGCUGCAGCAGGAGAAUGACAUCCAGCCACCAGACAAAUCACAACUGGAAGGAGAAGUAGAUGAGAAACCGCCUAAAGUUGCUGAUCAGGAGAGCCUUGUGAUCAACGAAGAGCCGUUUUGCCAUGAAGAGAACAAACUGUGGGCAGCUAUGGAGGAGACCACAGCCGAGACAGAAGCACGAAGAGGCGCGGGAAGUACUGAAAGUCCUGCAGUGAAGGAGGAGGAAGAGGUUGUAGUAGGGGGAUCAAAGCAUAAAACAACAGAUGUACCUGACGGUGGACUGGUGAAACAAUCAUCUCAUUCCAAAGACACCUCCAGUACCAUCGUUUCCUCACUUCAGUGUGAGAUCAAGAAUUCUCGGCUUCCGACAUUACCAGAGGAAGAAACCCCCGAACUCAGGACCACUGAUCCAUUUGCAGUGGUCACAGAGGAGGUCAAUGGGAAGGAUGACACUGAGGAUCUUGUGAACUCUAGUCAGUCAUUGCUCCAGUGGUGUCAGAGCAUCACCAACAACUACCAGGGUGUAAAGGUCACAAACUUCAGCACGUCCUGGAGAAACGGCCUGGCCUUCUGUGCCAUACUGCACCACUUUCAUCCAGACAAAAUAGAUUUUGAAUGCUUGCUUCCUCAUGACAUCAAGUUAAACAAUAAGAAGGCGUUCGAUGGCUUUGAGGCUCUAGGGAUCUCUCGUCUGCUGGAACCGUCCGACAUGGUUCUGCUGUCCGUCCCUGACCGGCUCAUCGUUAUGACGUACCUCAGCCAAAUCCGCUCACAUUUCACCAACCAGGAGCUGAGCGUGCUGCAGAUCGAGCACAACAGCAGUCAGUCCAGUUAUGGGCUCGCUCCUUCAGGUCCCGCUCCCACCAACGUUGACGCCGCCGCCUUCUGCAUGGCCAGGCUGAAUGAAGGUGUGAGUCUAGAGGAAGGAGGAACCAGUGCCUUGGUGGUGCCACCACCCAGAACCAAAAGGACUAUUAAAGUGGAAGAAACAAGAAUCCCAGUCCCACCCCCAAGAUCGGUUACCAAAGCUGCCAAAUCUGAACAGGAUGAAGAUGCUUCAUCUCCUACUGAAAAUGCUAAUAAUGCAGAGCUGCAGAGUGCAGUUGACAUCCAGCCUCCUAAACAAGAAGAAACUAUGCACCUGCAGGACACUAGUCAGUAUGUCUUGAGCGAACUGGCGGCACUGGAGACAGAGCAGAAACACAUCGACAGCAGAGCAGCAGUCGUGGAGAGACGACUGCGAAGCCUCAUGGAAACAGGGAGUGAUCGUGAUGAAGAGGAGAGACUGAUCCAGGAAUGGUUCACUUUGGUCAACAAGAAGAACGCUCUGAUACGCCGACAGGAUAACCUGGAGCUAUUACAAGAGGAACAGGAUCUGGAGAGGAGAUUCGAGCUUCUCACCAGAGAACUACGAGUUAUGAUGGCUAUAGAAGACUGGCAGAAGACAUCCACUCAGCAGCAGAGGGAGCAGCUGCUCCUCCAGGAGCUGGUGUCACUGGUUAACCAGCGGGAUGAGAUCAUCAGAGACAUCGAUGACAAGGAGAAACGUGCUCAGGAGGAGGACGAGCGGCUGGAGCGAGGUUUGGAGAUGAGGAGGAGAAAAUACAGCAAUAAGGACAACAAAUGUGUGUUACAGUGAGAAGAACAAGCACAAACUGCCGGUGUCAUUGAAUCCCAAAGUCCCAAAAAGUAUUUCCCUUGAAUGAUAAGAAAAUAACGAAACUACAACGAUAUCUGUAGGAUUUCAAGUGCCUGAAUUUCCCUGAAGCUGGAAAUUGCUGUCUGAAUGUAUUGUGUGUGUUUUAGUAGUAUUAUGUUGGUUUCUUUAAUUUGUUUUUUAUUUAUUUAAGAUGUGUGUCAUUUUCUCAUUCGUUUAUUGCACUUCUGGUGUUUUUCAUGUGUUGUGUACAUUUUUUUGGACAUUGUUCAGUAUUCAGACACCAGCUGGUCCUCUGCUUAUUUUUUAUGUUGUGUGUCUCCGGUGCCUUAAUAGAAACUUUUCGAUUUAUUGGCCAAAAUGCACCAACUUUUACGAGAAUCUAUCUGCUCAGGAUUCGAGUAUGCAAAGAGAUAUAUUCUGUUGCAGGUAACACUUUUAUCUUUUCUGAUAGUUAAAAAAAUAAAUAAAUAAAAAUGUUAGGAUGUCAAAGCAUUUCAGAAAUUAGUAUAUUUUGUGAUUAUUCGAGCUGGACUCAAUUCCACAAGGUUUUCAGUGCAGAAUGGUUAUUGACGCUCAAAGUGGUAACACAUCUUAAAAUGUUUCUUUUAAUAUCGGACCCUGGUGAUAUAAGUCUUCUGCAGCUUCUUUGGAUGCUCCCAUCUUCUUGACUGGCGUAAGUUUAAAAGUUUUGGUAUUUCUGCAUAGUUUGAUGGAGGAAUGCGUGCAUGGUUUUUUGAAGUGUGCAGUUAAAACGGUACCUAUCAUUCAAAUGCUGAUUUCCAUAUUUAUGACUGUUUUAUUCAUGAAUGACAAAUAAAAUAAAGUUUAAGAAAAAUAGCUA